CUCACAACAAAACGGGUCCCACCCCGGCCACCGUUCACCCGUCGUCUUCACUCCCAACAACCAGAAUCCACUCUCUCGUUGACCAUGUAUCCCCAUUUUCCCAAGCCCACGAAACCCAGAAUCGCUGAGAGAUGGGCAGCCGCCGUCGCUGCAGCAGCAGCAGCCUUGAUUUAGCACUUCUCUCUUUUGGGUUGCUGCUUUCCAUCUCCGCCGGCGCCGGAGCUUCAUCAUCAUGCCCAAUGGACUUCAACUAUGUAUCGAGAAUCCCAUGGAACAGAUCCUCUUGUCAGAACUACAAUCUCCCUGCACCCAGUCCCAACAACGCCACUUCUCGAUCCGACAUAGUCAGCAGCGACCCUUGCUGCCGGACUCUGCUUUCCCUGUUCGGUAUAUCUCUGUCGCUCCAUCUGAAAGAAACUUCCGUUUUCCAUCUUUCCGACUUGCCCACUUCCGUCGCUUGCCUCCGCGACUACCAAGCCAAGCUUAAUUCGCUGGGUCUCUCCAACAGCGGCGAUCUCGUCUCCUACUGCUUCAACCCUACGGAUUUCGUGAUGUCGCCCAACGUUUGUGCUCGGAUUCAGUCGACCCAGGAUUGGGUUGCUGCGGUUGGUCCGUCGACGCCGCUCGACGCGGCUUGUAGAGGCGACCUCACGGAUCUGACCGCUUGUGAUUCGUGUGUGGCGGCUGGGUUCAGGGUUCAGUCCUCGUUGGUGUCGAUUGAUGGGGAUAAGUCUCACGCCACGAGUUGCUUCUACUUCGCGAUUCUGUACGCUGCUGGGGUUGUCAACAGAUUCGGGCCGGAGAGUUAUGGUGCUGUCUCGUGCAUAUUUGGGUUGGAUUUGGUUUCCAAACUGGGUUCUUCAGCUCGUAAAUCUCGGUUCCCUCUUGUGAUUGGGUUGACUAGCACUGCUGCUGCUGUGAUUGUAAUGUCUGGUUUGGUAGGGUUCUGGUUUUUGAAUAGGAAGAGGAGGGGAAGAAUGGAGGAGGGGUCUGGUAAUGGUUCUGAUGUGGAGGGACGGCGAGCUAGGCCGAGAUUGAGGCCGAAUACUGGAUCAAUCUGGUUCAAAAUUCGUGAUCUUGAGAGGGCAACCAAUGGCUUUUCGCAGAAGAACUUUAUUGGCAGGGGAGGGUUUGGAAUUGUGUACAAAGGGGUUUUGUCUGAUGGGACAACGGUGGCUGUUAAGAGGGUUUUGGAGUCUGACUUUCAAGGCGAUGCAGAGUUUCGGAAUGAGAUUGAGAUUAUCAGCAAUCUCAAGCACCGGAAUCUGGUGCCGCUUAGAGGUUGUUGUGGGAUUGAUGGAGGAGAGGAUCAUGACACAGGAGAGAGUCAGAGGUUGCUUGUUUAUGAUUACAUGCCGAAUGGCAAUCUUGAAGAUCAUUUGUUUCCUGCAGCAGGGAAGGAGCCAUUGAGUUGGCCUCAGAGGAAGAAUAUCAUUUUAGAUGUGGCUAAAGGGUUAGCUUACUUGCAUUAUGGAGUGAAGCCUGCCAUUUUCCAUAGGGACAUUAAAGGGACUAAUAUACUGUUAGAUGGCGACAUGAGAGCUAGAGUGGCUGAUUUUGGUUUGGCCAAGCAGAGUCAGGAAGGGGUGUCUCAUCUUACUACUAGAGUGGCUGGAACUCACGGCUACUUAGCUCCGGAAUAUGCCCUGUACGGGCAGUUAACCGAGAAGAGCGAUGUCUAUAGUUUCGGAGUGGUUGUACUGGAAAUCAUGUGUGGAAGAAAAGCACUGGAUAUGUCUUCUUCAGGUUCUGCACAUGGGUUUCUGAUCACUGACUGGGCUUGGGCACUAGUCAAAGCUGGGAACCUAGAGCAAGCUCUGGAUCCUUCCUUGUUGAGGGGCGGUGGUGGUGAGGAUUCUUCGACUUCGAAUCCAAAGGCGAUAAUGGAGAGAUUUGUGCUGGUAGGGAUUUUGUGUGCUCAUGUUAUGGUUGCUUUAAGGCCUAGUAUCUCAGAUGCAUUGAAGAUGUUGGAAGGGGAUAUUGAAGUUCCACCGGUUCCUGAUCGGCCAUUGCCUCUCUCGCACCCUUCCUUCUCCACGAACAGCCACGCUUUCAGCAUCUCUCCCGCGUUGAGUGGCCCGCAAUUAUACAGCAACGACAUGCUGAGGUAAAUGUUUAACUAUCGUGAACCCAGAAGCCGGUUUCAACAUAGGUCCUCAACUUGGAAGUUGGAACCAAUGAGUUGAGUUGUAAACAUGCCUAUGCAUGUUUUGAGUACACCUCCAAGUAAGAGGCUGGUGGGUUCAAGCCUGCUAAUUGAGUACAGAAUCGAGUGCAGAAUCAGGUCAUAGCUCUUUACAUGCCAUGAACGCGGCAGACGUCUAUUUAUGGCACUAACUUCAUUUUGGAUGCUUACAGGAGCAAGAAUGUCUAGUUUGCACUCUAAAGAUUGGUGGUCAAGUGCCUUUUUAGAAUGAUUAGUUUAGUUACUGUCACUUGAUGCAGUGCUUAGGAGUAUAGUUAAUAGUGUCUUGCUGUUUCACCUGGAUCCUUUCGGUAUUCAGAUGUAAAUAUAUGCAGUAGUACAAGUUAUCACUGUAAGCUCUUUACAGAAAAUACGUCAAAUAACUUGCCCUUGCCUAUUAUAAGCUCCUCUUUGUAUUCUCUCUGUACUCUCUUCCAACACCAACAGCCAAGGAACAAAGAACCAGUGAGUGGGUGAAAAAAAUAAAAAAAUGCAAGAAAAAAUACAACGAUAAACGGAUAUUUCCUCU